GCAAAAAUGUUGGGAUUUAUUUUGGGCCUGUUUUCGUAUGAGACCUAACCCGGGGAGGAGUAUACGAAAACGCAAAAUCCCUUGAUCUUCAAUUGGUUAUCGCAACAAGCUUCUCGUCUACUCUCGCCUCCAUCUUCAGUGUCAUCUGCUUCAGCAUCCUUCCUUACCAAGUAUCAUCGAGAGAGCAAUUGGGUGAAGGGCAUGGCAUCUUCUGGCGAUGAAGCCGAAGCAGAGAUAAAAUCUGUAUCAAACUAUGAUUUUGUAGAUGAUGACGACGAGCCGAUUUCGUUCUCGGCGUUACCAGUUCAGUGGAAAAAGGAUGAGCUUUUGGGUGGAAAGAGGAAGCAUAUAUUUUUGCGCGGGGAUGCUGAUAAUGGCAAUAUGAAGAUUUAUGAAGAAGUUACUGCCUGGAAAUUUGAUUUGUCAAGCCCAAAGCCUAGCCUCUGGGUACUGCAUAAAAAGAAGAGCUGGAUCUUGCUUGAGAAACCAAGGAAGGCCUAUGAGGAUACAAUUAUUAGAACAAUAGUGGUUACUCUGCAUUGCUUGCAUUUUUUUCAAAAAAAUCCCGGCGCUUCUCUUAAAUCCUUGUGGGAACUUCUGCACAAGGUUUUCAGUUUUGAGCCAAAGCCUUCGGAGAACGACCUAGUGGAGCACAUUGAUUUUAUUAGUGAAACUUUGAAGCAUGAUGAACUUCUGGCCAAAUCUAAGGUUUUAGUUACAUUCCUUAAAGAGAGGCCUACAAAGAAGAAAAUUGUUGAUGAGGUAAAGGAUAAAACCCUUUCAGGGUUCAUAGUUGACGAUCUAGGUGAUGAAAGUUAUGAAGGCAGAUCUGAUGAUGAGGAAGAUGAUCAGUUUGAAUCUGUCUGUGCAAUCUGUGACAAUGGUGGUGAAAUUAUUUGCUGUGAGGGGAAGUGCCUGAGGUCAUUCCAUGCUACUGAAGAAGCUGGCAGUGAUGUGGACCCUCCUUGUGAAUCUCUUGGAUUGACUCGCGAACAAGUUGAAGAUAUCCAGAAAUUUUAUUGCAAGAAUUGUCUAUACCAAAAACAUCAGUGCUUUGCCUGUGGAGAGUUGGGGUCAUCAGAUCUAUCCUCUGGUGCUGAGGUUUUCCGUUGUGUUAAUGCUACUUGUGGUCGCUUUUACCACCCACAUUGUGUGGCCAAACUGCUUAAUCACAGUAAGAAGUUAAAUAUGGACAGUCUUCAGAAAAAGAUUGCUGCUGGAGAACCGUUUGCUUGUCCCAUACACCAAUGCUUUGUUUGCAAUCAGAUUGAAGACAAGAAAAAUAAGGAUAUGCAAUUUGCUAUUUGCAGGCGGUGCCCUAGAGCAUAUCAUAGGAAAUGUUUACCAAGUGAUAUUGUAUUCAAUGAUGAUGAUGAAGAGCAGGAUCUUGAUGAAGAGCAGAAUAUUGAUGAAGAACAGAAUAUUGAUGAAGACCAGAAUACGGUAACAAGGGCUUGGGAGAAUCUUAUUCCUAACAGAAUAUUGAUAUAUUGCUUAGAGCAUGAAAUUGAUGUUGAAAUUAAGACGCCUGUAAGAAACCAUAUAAAAUUUCCUGGGGUUAAUAAAUAUAAAGUAAAGCAGAAUACUAAGAUGCUGGAGAAAAAAAAGAUCAUACGGAAAAGUAGUGGCCCUUUGCAUGAAACUGAAGAUGUGAGCCAAAAUAGUGUUGCCAAGCUCUCAAAAGGUCUGCAGAAGCCAUCCACUGGAUCUGUUGGUGUACUUUCCAAAAAGAGAGAGGGAAAGUUUCCCCCACCCAGUAUUUCUAAGAAACAGAAAGUGAUGGGUACUACCAAAAGGAGUGCAGAUAAGGCUUCCUUUGCUAAUUCUCAACCUGGUGCAGCUGAAGGCAAAAUGACUUUAGGGCAAAUGCUAUUUGAGCUGAAUCAACAAAGGUGCAGUGAUGCCGAGCCAGUGGAUUCGAAUAAAGUGACUAAAGUUUCACUUGCAAAGAAGGAACUAAGCAGUUCAUCAAAUCUUGAUGCUGAUUCAGAAAAAAGGAUACAGGAUCUUAUGAAAGAGUCUUCCAAACUUACUCUUGACGAGGUUUUGAAGAUGCUCAAAGUGCCAACUGAACAUGCAUACCUUUCAAAAGUUGCAAUAGAUAGGUCUAUAACCUUAGGAAAGGUUGAGGGGUCUAUUAAGGCAAUUCGUACAGCAUUACAAAGGCUAGAAGAAGGGGGAAGUGUUGAUGAUGCAAAAGUAGUUUGUGAUCCUGCUCAUCUUACACAGAUAAUAAAAUGGAAGAACAAGCUAAAAGUUUAUCUCGCUCCAUUUUUAUAUGGCAUGCGCUACACCUCAUUUGGUCGCCACUUCACUCAGGUGGACAAGCUAAAGGAGAUUGUGAAUAUGCUUCAGUGGUAUGUUCAAGAAGGUGACACUAUUGUGGAUUUCUGCUGUGGUUCCAAUGAUUUCAGUUGCCUUAUGAAAAAGAAGGUCGAUGAGAUCGGGAAGAAAUGUUCUUUUAAAAAUUUUGACAUUUUGCAACCAAAGAAUGAUUUUUGUUUUGAGAAGAGGGACUGGAUGACUGUCCAGCCGACGGAAUUACCUCCCGGGUCAAAGUUGAUUAUGGGGUUAAAUCCUCCUUUUGGAGUGAAUGCAGGGCUUGCCAAUAAGUUUAUUAACAAAGCCCUUGAGUUUAAGCCAAAGCUCCUCAUCCUUAUCGUCCCUCAGGAGACCCAACGACUUGAUGCUAAAAAGAAUGCUUACGAUCUCAUUUGGGAGAAUGAGGAGCUACUAAGUGGAAAGGCUUUUUAUUUGCCGGGAUCAGUUGACGUGAAUGACAAAACAUUGGAUGAUUGGAACGUAUCAGCACCGCCCCUUUAUCUUUGGAGUCGUCGAGAUUGGACCUCCAAACACAGAGAAAUUGCUGAACAGCAUGGGCACCUGCUGCCUACUACAAAGGAGGACAGAAACCAGUCUCAGAAGACCACCACCGCCGCCCCUGUCCCUAAAAAGGAGGACCAAAAUCAAUCUGAGAAGACCACCGCCACAGUCCCUGUCCCUAAAAAGGAUCAAAAUCAGUCUGAGAAGACCACUGCUGCUGCCACCACCACUACCGUCCCUUCCCCUACCUUCACCGCGGAUGAUGAUUCCAAGCCACCCUCGAGAGAGGUAGUGGUAGAAACUGAGAAGGCCGAGUCUACCCCACCCGCACCAGCAACAGCAACUGUUGAAAAAGUCAAGAAUGGUCCUAAACCUGGAAGUGGGAAGAAGCAACCUGGCAACUUUAGGGGGAAGGGUGGUGCGCUUCGCAACUUCAAGAAGCAACAGGGCAGGAGGGACUCGUUCGUCAACGCACCGCCACCCGCAGGUGCGAAAGCCGCUUUGCCAGCAUCCCCCAACCCAUCACCCACCACCGUCUCCCGUGGCGGUAAGAGGCAGCCACCACGUGGAGGCAUUAAUAAUAAUAAUAAAAAUAACCACAAUAAUAAUAAUAAUAAUAGCAAUAGUAAUAAUGAUAGUAAUAAUAAUACUAAUUUACGUGGGCCCACGGGAAAAGCCGCCUUGCCACAUCGUCCUUCACCCAAUUUCUCCACCAAGAAAAGAGCAAUGCAGUGGUGGCGAGAAGGAAACAAUAAUAACAACAACGGGACCGUGGCAAAAGCCGACGUGCGACACCAUCCCUCAGCCAAUGUCUCCACCAGGAAACGAUCAAUGCACUGGCGCCGUGAAGAAGAAAACAAUAACAACAGUAAUAGUCCUCGCCCUAGUUCCUCGCCAGGCCGAGCCCAUAUGCCUCCACCCAAGCGUCACGACAGAAUGCCUCCGUCCGUCGAGUAUGACGUGGUGAACAAAUACUUGGAAGACAGAUGGGAUAGCCCUCCGAGGGGUCCACCAGAGUACGCUCCACCGCCUCAUCAUCAUGCCCCAACAGCUCAUAUGUAUGGCCACCUCGAUCACCUCAGCCGAUAUGGUGGUGGUGGGCCCGGCUUUGCGGACCAAGCCCAUAGCUUUUAUAAUGGGCCACUGCCGCAAGGUCGCAUGGGGUGGGGCCAACCGGAGCGGCACGAUGUGAGCCAGUCGAGGGUGAGGACGAUGGAUGGCUUUGACACUCCUCAGGGCCCUCCUCCUCCGCCUAGUAAUAAUAGUUUUAAUUCGCUUAGCUUCGCGCAAGGCCCUUACCGCCCCGCUCCACAUAACGACUCUGGCUGGCUAUAUGAGUAGAUGUUUUAGUUCUCUGGAGGUUAAGUGUUUUUUUUACUUUGCUUGUGAUAAUGAAACUGUUGUAGUGGUAAUAAUAAUGAUUAGUGUUUCUG